AUGGCUGCUGUUCCUCCCAACACCAUCUACCCCCAGAGCCAUGUCGGUUUCGACAGCAUCACCUCCCAGAUCGAGCGCAAGCUCUUGAAGCGUGGUUUCCAGUUCAACGUCAUCUGCGUUGGCCAGACUGGUAUGGGCAAGUCGACCCUCAUCAACACUAUCUUCGCGUCCCACCUCAUCGACUCCAAGGGUCGCUUCCAGCCCGAUGAGCCCAUCCGCUCCACCACCGAGAUCCAGGCCGUCUCUCACGUUAUCGAGGAGAACGGCGUUCGAUUGAGACUCAACAUUGUCGAUACCCCUGGCUACGGCGACCUUGUCAACAACGACCGCUGCUGGGAUCCCAUCGUCAAGUACAUCAAGGAUCAGCACUCCGCGUACUUGCGCAAGGAGCUCACUGCACAGCGAGAGCGCUACAUCCAGGACACCCGCAUUCACUGCUGUCUCUUCUUCAUUCAGCCCUCGGGUCACUCCCUCAAGCCCAUCGACAUUGUCGUUCUGAAGAAGCUUUCGGACGUUGUCAACGUCGUUCCCGUCAUUGCCAAGGCCGACUCCCUGACCGUUGAGGAGCGUCAGGAGUUCAAGGAGCGCAUCAAGGAGGAGUUUGCUUUCCACAACCUCAAGAUGUACCCCUAUGACAACGACGAGUUUGACGAUGAGGAGCGCGCCCUGAACACCCAGAUGAAGGACCUCGUCCCCUUCGCCGUCGUCGGAUCCGAGAAGUCGAUCAUUGUCAACGGCCAGCAGGUCCGUGGCCGCCAGAACCGAUGGGGUGUGAUCAACGUCGAGGAUGAGACUCACUGCGAAUUCGUGCACCUGCGAAACUUCCUCCUCCGAACCCACCUCCAGGACCUCAUCGAGACCACGUCCCAGAUCCACUACGAGACCUUCCGUGCCAAGCAACUGCUGGCCCUGAAGGAGAGCAGCGCACACGGUGGUGCCAGCAGCCGACCCAUCAGCCCUGCCGCCGACCGCGAGCUGAGCCGCAACUCGCAACGGAUGACGAUGAACGGCUACUAG